AUUAAACAAAAGCUGCAUUGGCUAAUUAAUUUGAGUAUAUGGCAGUGAUUCUUUCAAUGACUCUAGAGAAUAUCAUAAGCAAAGCAGCUACUGCUGUGUCCCAGAGCCUAGUGGUACCGUGGGAGGGGUGUACAACUGGGUGUGGUGAGAUUUGAAAGAGCUGCUAGGGGACAGAAGCACAAGCAAUGAACUGCACAGACUUAGAGGAUUUGGAGUGAACAUGUGCAGAGAGCUGUGACUUGAAAAGCACUAAUCCUUUACUUAUCCAGGUCGUCACCAUAAUCAGUAAGGAAGCAGGCAAGCUCCACAGGCAGAGGAGAAAAUAGCAGAAUCUGUGCUGGGAGAGAGAACUGACACUCAGCACAAAAGGGGCAAGCAUGGCAGAGUCUGCAGGUCACCCACAUGUUCAAGCAGCAACAGACCUGAAUGAUAAGGAACCCAAAUCACAUGGAGGUGAAGAGUCAGUACACGUGGAGGAAGAAGCACGCCCCACUAUCCACAUAGAAAGGAACCCUGAGGAAGGAGAUGGGAAGCCUGAUCUUGCUAAUGAAAGCCAAGGAUCUGGGGCUAUGAAUGGUGAAACGGUGAAGGAUCCAGAUGAAAUAAUGGCAGACAGUCCACAGGAACCUCCAGAGAGACAAGGAGAAAAUGAAGUGGCAGAGGAUGAACCUCCUCAGCCCCAUAUUGAGCAGGAACCUCCAGGGGUUCAAGAAGAAAAGCAAGAGGCAGAGGAGAAACCUCUUCAGCCUCCAAUAGAACCUGCUGGUGAUCAGCUCCAACAGACGGCCUUGGAGGACAUCUCUAAGGAAGGUACUGAGGGAGAAGUUCCACAACAAGAAACAGGGGGAGACAAUGCUGAUAAAAAAGAGAAAGAAAAGGAGGUAGAAAAGGAAAUUGAGAAUGAAAGUAUUAGCAGUGAAAGCAGUGAAGGGUCUUCCAGCAGUGAUGAAGAAGAGGAGAAUGAACAAGAUGCAGUAGCUAGGGAAGAUGAGAAGGAGCAAGGUGUAUCAGCUGGGCAGGAGGAAAAGAAGCAAGGUGUAGCAGCUGGGGAAGAUGGAAAGGAGCAAGGUGUAGCAGAUAGGGAAGUGGAGAAGGAGCAAGGUGUAGCAGCUGGGGAAGAGGAAAAUAAGCAAGUUGUAGCAGCUGGAGAAGAGAAGGAGAAAGUUGUAGCAGCUGGAGAAGAGGAGAAGGAGAAAGUUGUAGCAGCUGGGGAAGAGGAUAAGGAGCAAGUUGUAGCAGCUGGGGAAGAGGAGAAGGAGCAAGUUGUAGCAACUGGCGAAGAGGAAAAGGAGCAAGUUGUAGCAGCUAGGGAAGAGGAGAAGGAGCAAGGUGUAGCAGCUGGGGAAGAGGAAAAUGAGAAAGUUGUAGCUACUGGGGAAGAGGAGAAAGUGCAAGAUGGAGCAGUUGCGGUAAAGGAAAAGAAGCAAGACGAGGUAACUAUUGAGCAAACAGGUGAGGGACAAAAAAAAAUUAAUAUUGAGAAAGAUUUAGUAGCUGAGGACCAAGGAGUUGAGGGGCACACAGAGGAGAAACAGCAAGCAGUUGAGGACAAGAAGGGGGAAAGUAAAAAUGAAGAAGAAGAAGCAGCUGAAGAGCAAUCUGGAGAGGUAGGAGAACAAGAAUAUGUAGAAGAUAAGAAAGCUGAUGGAUGUGCAGAAGGUGUUUCUGCAGAUGUGGGGCCAGAUACAAAAAUACAGGACAAAGAAAGGGAACAGGUAGACAGUGUACAAUUAGAAGAGCACACAACUGAGAAGGAUGAAACAAAAGACAGCCAAGGAAACAAUGCAGUGAAAGAGUUUGUGGAACCUUCUGGUGCAGGAGAAGAUGUUCUGGAUGCACCUCAGUUGGACAAUGUAAAAUUAAAAGAACCUCCAGCAGAGAAUGAAAACAUCAAGGUUCCAACUCAGGUAGUCUUUAUUAUAGAACCAAGUGCUGUUCCAGCACAGUUCCCUGAAGAUCCUUAUGCUAGAACAGAGGAGAGUCCAAUAAAGGAGGAAGAACACACAACAGAGGAGACUCUGAAUGCAGAGACUGGCACUGGAGGUAAAACAGAAAUAAGAGAAAAUGGCACAAGCCCCACCAGUAGCCCAGAGACACCAUUACCGACCCCUGAAGCUCUCCAGGAACAUGACAUAUCACUUUUUGUCAAGGCUGGCAGCGAUGGCGAAAGUAUUGGAAACUGCCCGUUCUCCCAGCGUUUAUUUAUGAUCCUUUGGCUGAAGGGUGUGAUAUUUAAUGUCACCACUGUGGAUCUCAAGAGAAAACCUGCAGACUUACAGAACUUGGCCCCCGGGACGAAUCCGCCUUUCAUGACAUUUGACGGAGAAGUAAAAACUGAUGUGAAUAAAAUCGAAGAGUAUUUGGAAGAAAGACUGACAAUGCCCAGACUUGCACCAAAGCACCCGGAAUCCAGCUCAGCGGGGAAUGACGUAUUCGCAAAAUUCUCAGCCUACAUUAAGAACCCUAGGAAAGACCUGAAUGCCGCUUUAGAGAAAGGCUUCCUAAGGUCCUUAAAAAAACUAGAUGACUUUUUGAACGCACCACUGCCUGAUGAGGUUGAUGCCUACAGCACAGAGGACAUCACCGUCUCAAGCAGGAAGUUCCUGGACGGGAAUGAACUGACUUUAGCAGACUGCAACCUUUUACCCAAACUCCAGAUUAUUAAGGUUGUAGCCAAAAAGUACAGGAACUUUGAAAUCCCAUCUGAAAUGAUGGGUAUUUGGAGAUACCUGAAUAACGCUUACGCCCGGGAUGAGUUCACCAACACGUGCCCAGCUGAUUCUGAGAUUGAACAUGCCUAUUUUGGAGUUGCCAGAAAAAUCCAGUGAGAAUGAAAAAGACACAAGGCCCAUGUUUAAGAAGCACCUGCAAGCAGUAAACAUGUAACCCUUUCUAUGGUUACAACAUGGGCCAAAACUGAUACCAUUUACCAAAUGUGCAGAAAUGGGAGAAACUAAAUCGAUCACAUCUUGUUUGAUGGAAACCUACAACUUUAGCAACCGAUAAUGAUCAUUUAAGGGAUCUAUUAUCCAGAAUUCUCAGGCCCUGGGGUUCUCCAUAAAAGAGAUCUUUAUGUAAUGUGAAAGCACCAUACCUUAAGACUACUAAAACUUUUAAGUGUUAAAAAACAAGCAAUCAGCAUGAAUUUAAGCAGUUUAGUCACCAUGAAGAACAAAGUACUUUCCUUUUAUUACAGAGAAAUAGCAAAUCAAUCAAAAAAACUUUGUCCAAACAAACUUUGGAGCUUUCCAGGAUAACAGGUUUCUGGAAAAUAGAUCCCACACCCGUCCCGUUGAGUAUUUAGAGCUUAAUGCUUGAACUUGAUUGAAAAGAUGGAAUCUUGACAAGUUCAAUGUUGUACUUCUUGUUUGCCAAAAAAAGUAUUGAUUAACCCAUAUUCUACAGUUUACCUUGCUGAGGGAAUAUUAGAAGUUAAGACUAGUUUUAAGCUUCAGAAAGGUCUUGUCGGUCAAAAUGGUCUUAGCAAAAUUACAAAUGAAGCAAAGUGUCAUGCAGAAUUUUGUCAGGAAUGUCAGCCAACAAUGACUUGAGCCCCUAUUCUCUAAUAUCAGCUUUGGUGAUUGUUAGCAAAGGACGGUUUUUAAACUGUGGGGCUGGUCCUUCUCAGAGGCUUGGAGCAUGGACAGUAGGGUUCAGCUGGAAGGCCAAUCAGCUUGAGAAAUGGGAAGCAUAUAUAUUUGCUCUUCUAGAUACACCUGAAAGCUCAACUUGAACAUUAGUUAGGAUAAGAUACACGAGACUGAAUGACUGAUACACCAAUAUUUUUCAUUGCUAAGGGAGACCCUAACCAAAGAUUGCACCUUCAAGCUGACCCUAGGAAAAUGUUUGGACCUUCAAGCGAGGAUUUGACAGCCACUGGUCUAAAAGGUUAUUGAGAAAUGUUUCUAUGAAAAUAUCCCAAAGAAAAGUGUUUAACCAAGUAUAUAUGCUAGUAAUUUUUCCAGUGUUGAUACCUAUCAUCCCUUCAAGAUGUUGAGGACCCUUGCUUGACUCCGGUGUAAACAGUCAUUAUUGAACAUGAUUUACCUUUGAAGAUGAAUCACUGCUUCACAUAAAUGAUUAACAUAACUAAUCACUGCUUCACAUAAGUAAUUAAAAAUAAAUUAAAACCA